CGCCAAAAGAUCCAUCAAGAUCCAUGGUUCAUACACCCUCCAACCCCAGAGAGUAUGCUGCCUCAGGCACCAAGUACAGCCUCCAACGUCGUGCUUACAUCACCAUCACCUGACCUAGUCAUGUCACUCCCUGUAGCCUUGUAUGUUUCAUUUGGAUCUCAGGAAUGCAGCCAGUGACUCAUCUACGGUUCAGCCUGCGCGAUGUCGUCUGCUUCUUAAAGUGUCAAUUGCCCUUGACUGCUUGAUGAACUUGUAUCCUCAUUCUCUUUACCAGGACAUAACUCUCUGCCUAGGCUGACUCGUGCAUAUAACUUGUUCAGUCCGCAAGAUGAAUCUAUUACUGCACAUACUAUUACUAGGUUCUUUACGUGGCAGACUCCAACUCUUACAUCUUUUACGUCUCGAUAUAUUACAUCACGGGCUCGUCUCUGUUUGAAGCAUUUUUAUACUCUUGAUCAGGCCAUCAAACCUUGUUUUACCCUACGCAUAACUCAAUUGGCCGUAUAGUCCGCCGGAUUGUGAGCUAUGGCGUCCAUUUUCACUUAUGAUCCGGACCCGCCUCGGGUCUCCUCGCCAUGGUCCACGUCAGGUACAUCUACCCCCCAGGUUUGGGGGCCUAGCGGUCGUGGCAUGGCGACUAAAUCCCGGUCCAACUCGAGCCUGCGCUUGGCUCUGACCGAUCCCGAUUUUCUGUCCGACUACGGGAUCAGCAAACUGGAGCCGGAACCGCAAGAGGGUCCGAUGGAAUAUAAGCUGCAUCUUCUCCUUCGCCCGCGGCGACUCUAUAGCUCCACUUCGACUAGGCCUGCCGCCGGUAGAUCUUGCCAUUCCCAUGAGAGCGGCUCCACCUCGGGCCCGACAUCUGCCAGCUACGAAUCGGGUGCGAAACCGGCUCCGACUCCGUCGACGCAGAGUCGACAGCAGCGGUUGCAGCAGUUGACUACCCAACUUUUGUGGCGGUUGCAGCAGUCUUCGCCUUUCCAUUCGUCUACCGCGGCUAGCCUCGUGCUGCCUGUUCUGCCUGAGGCGUCACCCCAGCUGGGGGUCCCGCAAAAACCCACUCGGCUACUCCCUGGUCUUGAGGAGAGCCAAGGUGCUCUCUAUGAGAUUGGUGUUUCCGAUGAUGGGACCUUUGUUGGGCUUGUCAACGACGAAUUGGAAGAGAGCCUGCUCAACUUGCAUGUUAUGGCCACUAGCUUGGGCUGCAAGGUCGAGGUUCUUCGCAGAGUCAUCGUUGGAAAAUGCGAAUGGGUUGAGAGCUCGAGCGCGGAGGGCACCGAAACUGGAAAACAUCAGACAGGGGACCUUUGGGUUGCGGAGGCACUUGUGAGUCCGGAUUGGGACCAUUACCAUUCGAACUCAUCCACAAAUGGUUACUGUGUGACGCGGUCCAGCUUGUCUGAUAUCGGGGAGAAAGACUUGCCUGAUGCGGCGAACUCUAACACUGAGCAAAUCCGGAUCUCGAUCACAGGUCCAACAACAGCCGGAAAGUCCUCACUUCUUGGCACACUGACGUCGUCCGUGCUCGACAAUGGACGGGGGGCAAGCAGACUGGGGCUCCUCAAACACCGACACGAGAUCUCGUCCGGUAUCACCAGUUCUGUCGCACAUGAGUUGAUCGGAUAUGCGGCUAGCGAGCAGUCCCUCGACACCACGAAUGUCAUCAACUACGCCUCGGGCAAUGUCGAUGCCUGGAACGACGUACAUGCGACUGCGAAAGGCGGCCGUUUGGCCUUCGUGUCAGACCUUCCAGGAUCGGUGCGAUAUUUGAAAUCAACCCUUAGAGGACUGGUCAGCUGGGCGCCCCAUUAUAUAUUGUUGUGUAUUCCGGCCAAUUGCGACGAUGAGAGCAGUGAUUCGGCCGAGAAAACCGAUAUCAACCUCGCCCUGUCUUAUCUAGAUGUGUGCACGAAAUUGGACAUCCCUAUACUAGUGGUGAUCACCAAGAUGGAUCUUGCAUCGCGGGCUGGAUUGAGAAGCAACCUCACCAAAGUCUUGUCAGCAUUGAAGGCGUCGGGUAAAAAGCCUGCAAUGCUACCUGGCUCUUCCAAUCAAGAUAUCGACUUGCAGCACAUAGCAUCCGCAGAUAGGGACAGCGUCAGGAAGGUGAUCUCGGAAACGGACAAUUGGAUGACCACAGUCCCGAUUGUCCUCACCAGUGCUGUCGAUGGCUCGGGUAUAGGGAAAUUACAUGCUUUUAUUCGAUCUCUACCCAUUCCGCAACGGCCAUCCUUGGUCCGAACCGUCUUGCCGGAUUCGCUGGACGCCCCCGACCCGCCUUCCAACAUCUUCAACAUCGAUGAGGUGUUUGCCAUCCCUCCGUCGAAGGUGUAUUCAAUGACGGUGGACCGCGGGCAAAAGGAAAACAACGGCGUGGUUCUCUGUGGCCUCGUCCGUUACGGGUCCAUCGCGAUCGGCGACGAGCUCAUGAUCGGGCCCCUUUUGACCCAGACCCCCGAACCCGGCGAUGGUCCAGCCACUCAGCGACGCAGGAGCGAGCAGCGCUCAGACCAGGAUGAUAUCCGCGGUGUGCCUGGUUCUGGAGAAUCCCCAGCGUCUUUCGCCCACAGCCUUCUUUCGGGGCGGUCCCGGUUCUCCGCUCAAGGCCAGUGGCAGCGCGUCCGCGUCGUGAGCGCUAGAAACCUCCGACUACCCGUGCAGAGGCUAGUUCAAGACCAAGUCGGCACUAUCGGAGUCGAACCUCUCCCCUUGGACCAAGACGGCCAGCUAACACCCCGCCUUGCCAAAAUCCGAAAGGGCUCCAUCCUAGCCAGUUUGAACACCUCGCCCAUGUUGGUUCCAAGGCCGUUGGCAUCUCACAAGGGGUUCGUCGCCACUUUCAGCGCGGAUCAAUUCCUGUCGUCCCUGUCCCCGCCGCUGCUCCUAGGAGGCAAUGCAAUCGUCUACAUCUCCAACAUCCGAAGCACAGUCAAAGUGACAUGCAUGGCUCUCGCAGAAGACGAGCUGGUCUCGUCGCCGCCGUCUCCGGCGGAGCCCGAAUUCUUCAGCUUCGACGGCGACUUGCCCGGCGGUCCCGACAGGUCCGUGGUCAACCGCAUGGUCGGGGCGACUGGUGGUCCUGACGCUCCAGGGGAUGUCCGCAUUACGUUCACCUUUGUCAACUCCGUUGAGUGGAUUGAGAUUGGUGCUCGCGUGCUUCUCAUGCCGGGUGCGUCGGCGGUGCUGACUUCGUCUGCGCAGAAAUCGGGCGCGCCUACCGGCUUGGAGGGAUUUUCUGGUCGGGUGUGUGGUGUCAUCUCGGCUGGGGAUGGAAGGAGCAAUGGUGGUGUGGUAUAAAGGGUGAAUGAUUUGGGUUGUUCUUUCCUUCCUUACAACAUUUCCUCCUUCCCUCCUUCCUUCCUUCUUUCCUUC